AUGGAAGUUGAUCGUGAAAUGUCAGUUGAUAUGGAUGCUUCCAUGGUAGAGCAGACGCCUGCAGCAUCUGAAGGUAAGGUUGUGAAGCCAGAAACGGCAGGUGUAAAUACCAAUACGCAAGGGAAGAAGGUGCCCCAGCAUCUGUUGGAGAAGCGUAGACUGGGCAGAAUUAAGGCUGCUGAGGAAUUUGCACGCAAGCUCAAGAAAAUUGGGAUUGAGAAGCAGGACAACGUUCAUAUUUCGCAGACUGGGCUUUUUCGUGCUCUACCGUUAAUUAAUCAGAAGAACUACUCAUCGGAUUACUUGAGGAAGGAUGACCAGAUAUUCUCAUUGCGCGAGCGCAAAAGUCUUCGUAGUGGAAAUCUCAAUGCGGCUGCAAGUAAUUCGCAGCAGCCUAUGUCACUGGCGGAAGUUCAAGAGGAUGAUUUGAAGACAAAUGGUGAGGAAGAUGCAACCGAAGAUACCGAAGAUACAAAUACCAUAGUUAUACAUCCUGGUUCAAGCUGUCUAAAGAUUGGAUUGUCUACUGAUGUGUUUCCACUGUCAAUACCAACUUCUGUGGCCGUGCCAAGAAAUUCGCCUGCGGGGCUACCUGCGCAGCCAAGGUACGACAAACAUGAGGAGUUCAUGGAACAUCUGGAGCAUAUACAGUCCGAUUUCAAAGAACGAAUGCGGUACUAUAAGCGUAAGAUAAUACCUAACUCACAUGAACAGGUUAUGUCUUUCAAUAGCAAAUCUAUACCCGACAAAAUUCACGAACACAAUGAUCUUUAUCGUAUCGAGUGGAUCAAGGACAAUAAGGCGGGCAAGAAGGUGUAUUACGGUGAGGAAGCAGAAAGAUGUUUGCCUGAGUACUUUGCCAUAAGGCACCCGUUUGCUGAUGGAUCGUUCAACACCGACUCUAGCGAUUAUAAUUCACUCCAAGAGUUGCUGAAUGAUGUAGUAAACUUCCUUACAUUUGCAUUGUCCAAUACGAAAUUAAACAUCAGUCGCUCUCAAUUUUCAAACUAUAAAGUUGUCCUCAUUAUUCCUGAUUUAUUUGAGAAAAAUUACGUGGAGCAGAUGAUGAGGCUCCUCAUUUAUGAAAUGAAGUUUCAGGCCGUUGCGCUUGUUCAGGAAUCUUUAGCGUCUUGUUAUGGAGCGGGAAUAUCAAACUCUACCUGUGUUAUAGACAUUGGUGCUUCAGGAACCAAAAUUUCUUGCGUUGAUGAGGGUCAGGUUAUACAAAAUAGUUGUAUAAGAUUAUCCUAUGGUGGGGAUGAUAUUACAAGAUUAUUUGCUGAACUGAUGCUGCAGUCAAAGUUUCCAUAUCAAGAUUGGAAUCUCUAUUCUAGACAGGGAUGGAUUCUAGCUGAGCAAUUAAAAAAGAAUCACAUUACAUUUCAAGACGCGGAUGUAGCGGUACAGUUGUCUAAUUUCUUAAAGCGUGACCCAAAGGUAUCUGGUGCAGAAAAAUAUGAAUUUAAGCUAUUCAAUGAAGUGAUGGUAAGCCCAAUGGCGUUCUUCUAUCCCCAGAUCCUUUCGAUACUGAAGCCUCCGGUUAGUAACAAUAAGUAUCUGGACCAGCAAUUCCCACAAUCACUUGACCCAUACAAUUGUAAGCCUGAUAAUCCACAAUCUAUCUCCCAGUUAGAAGCAUUAUCUAGUCGGUGGUAUACUGAGAUGAACAAAGAUUUGGACAUAAUAAAGAAACUGAUUAGUGUAACUGAUGAAGUUGAAACUAUUUCUACGGAGUCGUCAACUAAUGGUGAAAACGCUUCAAUAAAGCCCCAAAACUUGAUGCCAUUGGAGAAGGCUAUAAUUCAGUCAAUCACAAACGCUGCAGUACUACUAGGUGAUAACAUGUCAAAGUUAACGAAUUUCUACUCUAACUUGCUCAUUGUGGGAGGAUCAUCCGUCAUUCCUGGUUUAGAUGCUGUUUUAAAGGAUAGAAUUAAUAUAUGGAGACCCCGAUUCUUGAGCGUUUCAACAUUACCGGUAAUCUUUAAGAAGGUUAACGAUAUGGUUAAGCAAUUAGAGAAUGAAAUAAAGAAAAACAAUGUUGAAAAUGAAGAAGAGAUUGUUCAAAGCAGGAAAAAGCUCAUUAAAUCUAUUAAGAUAGAGCUGGAGAAUUACUGGGAAUCUUUAGAUCCUUAUGAGCAUGUUUAUCCUAUAAUGGUUUUACCCCCACCGAGAGAAAUGGAUCCAUCAAUGCUAACUUGGAAAGGUGGUAGCGUCUUUGGACGUAUUAAACUGUGCGAAGAAUUGUACAUAACAGAGAUGGAUUGGGAAAUGCUUGGCAGCAGAAUAUUGAAAUACAAAUGUAUUUUUGAUUAUUAA